AUGGAUGCGACGCUGAAGGCGACGCUGCAGGCUCGAAGAGUGUCGUUGUUGGCGGCGCUGGGUCGGGCAGAGAGCUUUCAAGCGGAGUACGACCACGAACGGGACCAGAUGGAGGUGCAGCUGAGGCUGGCCCACAUCGAGGAAGCGAGCUCCAAGCUCGAGGACAUCCAGCAGCAGCUGGAGGACGACGAAACCGAUGAUGCGGCAUCCUCCACUCUCUCUGGCAUUAAGCUUCCGACGAUUACGCUUCCUGAAUUUGAUGGGGACUAUCAGAAAUGGUUGGCUUUUCACGAUCUGUUUGUGGCGCUCAUCCACAACAAUCCCGACCUUCCUGACGUUCAGAAGUUUCACUAUUUGAGGGGAGUUGUCGUUGGGAAGGCAGCCGGCUACAUCGACACGUACGACAUCAAUGCGGCCAACUACCAAAUCGCUUGGGACACUCUUGUGGAGCGCUACAACAACGAGUACCUGCUGAAAAAACGUCAUCUACAAGCCCUCUUCGAACUGCCACCGAUGGAACACGAGACCGCAUCCAGCCUCCACUCCCUGGUCGACGAGUUCCAGAGGCACAUCAAGAUUCUGGACCAGCUCAAAGAACCAACCGCUUCUUGGAGCACCGUUCUCGAGCAUUUGCUGUGCACACGAUUGCACGUCGACACCAUCAAUCUCUGGGAGGACCACGCUUCGACGCUUUCCAAUCCGGACUUCCAGAGCCUGAUCGAGUUCUUGCAGCGCCGAAUGAGGGUUCUGGAAUCUAUUUCGGUAAACAACAACCAUUCUUCGUCCAAUGGGGCUACCAGCUCGCAUCAGUCGCCCCGCCCCGCGUCGAAGAAACGGAGCUCGCAGCGCCUUUCGACGUACGCCUCCACCGCUAGUUCAGGACCUGCCGCGGAUUGUGCAGCGUGUGGACUCGCGCAUCCUCUCUACAAAUGCCACAAGUUUGGUCAGCUUUCUGUCCCUGAGCGUCAGCGGAUUGUGAGCAACAAACACCUCUGCUACAACUGUUUGGGGGCACACCAGGUGAGGAAUUGUUCGUCCAAGCGCUCCUGCAGGCACUGUCAACAGCGGCAUCAUUCGCUCCUUCACGCGGGACAUGCUGAUAACUCGCCAAGAACCAACAGCGGUGCAACGGCACCCACACAAGCGAGCGGGCAGUUGGAAGUAUCCGCUUCGGUCGUCUCAACCAAGCAAGAGGUCGCUACGCCCACCGAGGUCGUUCCACAGGUCGAAGUCAGCGUUCCACUUCAGCAGCCCAAGGAAAACGUGUUCCUGCUUACUGUGCUGAUCAAGGUCGUCGAUUCGUUGGGAAUGGAACACGUGGCCCGCGCAUUGCUGGACAGCGCCUCCCAACCUAAUCUCAUCACCGAUCGCAUGGCAAGAAUUCUGCGGCUCAAGCGAGCCCCUGCGAGCGUGGUGAUCCAAGGCGCAGGCCAGAUGUCAACACCAGUUCGGCAUUCCGUCUCCACCGAAGUGCGGUCGAGAAAGAGCGAUUUCUCCUGCGGGAUCAACUUUCUUGUCAUGGACAAACUGACUGCGGAGCUUCCAAGCCACAACAUCUCAACGUCGGGUUGGAACAUUCCGGUGGAACUCUUCCUCGCCGAUCCGACCUUCAAUGAACGGCAGCCGAUCGACAUGGUUCUCGGAGCAAAGCAUUUUCACUCUUUCUUCCCUAGCGCAGCUCGCAUUCACCUCGACGGUUCACUUCCGAUUCUAGUAGACAGCGUCUUCGGCUGGAUUGUCACCGGUUCCGCCAGCCAAGCUUCGUCCACACCAACCGAAACCGCACACUCGUACUCGGUACUCGCGAUGAUGUCGCUGGAGGAGAGCAUGGAGCGAUUUUGGAAGACGGAGGAACUCACAAUCAACGACAAGCUUUCCGUCGAGGAGCGAGACUGCGAAUCCUUGUUCCAGUCGACAACAACGCGCACGCCGGAGGGUCGCUACGUGGUACGUUACCCCCGCAAACCAGGUUUCGAAAACUUGCUGGGUGACUCCAAGACCGCAGCUUUGCGACGAUUCCGACUGCUUGAGCGACGGCUAGAGCGAGACGCACAGCUCAAGGAGGACUACCACAAGUUCAUGCGGGAGUAUGUCGAGCUGGGCCACAUGCAGCUGGUUGAACCUGAUGAGAAGGACAAGACGCCAUCGUGCUACCUACCCCACCACCCCGUCUUUAAGGACUCCAGCACGACGACCAAGGUUCGGGUCGUCUUCGACGGUUCAGCAGCGACUUCUACGGGAUUUUCGCUCAACCAAGCACUCUGUGUCGGACCUGUGGUUCAAGAGGACCUUCUCUCGCUCCUGCUCCGCUUCCGGAACUACCCUGUAGCCCUCGUAGCGGACGCAGCCAAAAUGUACCGGCAGGUUCUCGUCCACCCAGAGGACAGAAGGCUGCAGCGCAUCUUCUGGCGGUUCUCGCCAGACUCACCCAUCCAAACGUACGAACUACAGACCGUCACGUACGGCCUUGCACCUUCCGCGUACCUAGCCACCCGUUCCCUUCAGCAACUCGCCCAGGACGAGGGUCACGAGUACCCGUUGGGCGGCCCAGCGCUCGAAAGCAACUUCUACGUAGAUGACUUCAUUGGUGGCGCUGACACGGUCGAGGACGCCAUACGCUUGCGGAAGGAGCUUACGGAACUGCUGGCCAAGGGAGGGUUCGAGAUGCGGAAGUGGACAUCAAACCGUCUCGAGGUACUGCGAGGACUGACCCAAGACCAAAUCGGCACGCAGUCGAGUCUGCAGUUUGGUCCGAACGAGAUGGUAAAGGCGCUGGGGAUUGGAUGGGAGCCCGAGGCCGACGUUCUGCGAUUCGACUCGCAAAUCAACCAGAGCAAGGGACCUCCCACAAAGCAGUUCAUCCUCUCAACAAUCGCUCGACUCUACGAUCCUCUAGGUCACAUCGCACCCGUAGUUGUCACCGCCAAGAUCAUCAUGCAGGAAUGCUGGCAGCUGAAGUGUGACUGGAACGACCCGGUGCCGGACAACAUUCGGAUCAAGUGGGAGAAAUUCUUCAAGGAACUUCCAGAAAUCCGGUCCUACCGGAUCGACCGCUACGCACUCCAGCCUGACUCCACUUACCAACUGCACACAUUCUGCGACGCGUCUAAGGACGCUUACGGAGCUUGUUGCUACAUCCGCUGUGAAGACCGACACGGCAAUGUACGAGUCACGUUCUUAGCAUCAAAAUCUCGGGUCGCCCCGCUCAGAGGACUGAACGUCCCUCGCUUGGAAGCAAACGCUGCUGUACUCGGAGUCCACCUUCACUUCCGGAUCAAGCAGGCACUCAAGAUCAAAAUCUCGGACUCGUACUUCUGGACGGACUCAGCUGUCGUACUGCAGUGGAUCCAAGCAAACCCGAACACCUGGAAGACGUACGUAGCGAACCGUGUCGCUGAGAUCCAGUUCUACACGCGCGGCUGUCAUUGGAAUCACGUGCCGACCAAGGACAAUCCGGCGGACCUGGUGUCCCGCGGGAUGACGGUGCCGAACUUCUUGAACUGCGAGACCUGGAAGAAUGCAACAAGUUGGAUCUGCUCAAACCCACGAGACUGGCCGAGGACCAACCCACCAAGCGUUCCGGCGGACAUCAUGGAAGCUCGCGUAGUCGCCGCCGUGACAGAGAAGCCGCCGCAAGUUCACCCCUGGUUCCUGCGCUGGCACUCGUACAGACGGCUGGUCCACUCGAUCGGAUUCGUCCUCCGAUUCAUCGACAACACCAGGCAGAAAGCGAGAACAACCAGAACGAGCGACACACCUGUGCGGCGUGCCCUAACGGUGGAGCAGUUUGCCAAAGCGAAAACGGUGCUAACUCGUCUAGCACAGCAGGACUCCUUCAGCACCGAACUGAAGGAACUCGAAAAGGGGAAGCCGGUGCCAAAACAGUCCAACAUCUACAAAAUGAGCCCAUUCAUCGAUGCAGAGAGAGUGUUGAGAGUGGGGGGUCGACUAAAGCUUUCCCAACUGCCCUUCCAAGCCAAACACCCAGCCUUACUCCCUGGUUCCCAUCCCUUCGCUCGCAUCCUCGCCGAAUUCUACCACCAAAAACUUUUCCACGGCGGCGGGCGCCUACUACUGACCGCCAUGCGCGAGGAAUUCUGGCCCAUCGGUGGUCGCAUUCUUGCCAGAAGCGUGGUGCGCAAUUGCUUCCGUUGCGUUAGACUGAAUCCCGAACUGGUUCAGCAGCAGAUCGGCCAACUUCCGGCUCAACGGAUCAUCCCUAGUCGCCCAUUUAGCGUCGUCGGCGUAGACUACGCAGGUCCACUGUACCUGAAGCCGAUACACAAACGUGCUGCACCGGCCAAGGCCUAUAUUUGCCUUUUUGUGUGCUUCGCGACGAAGGCCGUUCACAUUGAACUUGUUGGAGAUCUCUCCACCCCCGCGUUCCUUGCUGCGCUGCGCAGGUUCAUCGGGCGACGCGGAGUGCCGUCUCACAUUCACUCCGACAAUGGCAAGAACUUUGAAGGCGCCAAGAACGAACUUGCCCGGCUGUACACAAUGCUCACCCACGACGCCGAACAGGAGAAAAUCCACGAAUUCUGCACAGCCGAAGGGAUCACCUGGCAUCUCACUCCCCCAAAAGCGCCCCACUUCGGAGGAUUAUGGGAAUCCGCCGUAAAGGUCGCCAAGAAGCACCUGUUCCGGCAGCUUGGUCCGUCAAGAUUGUCGUUCGAGGACAUGUGCACCGUGCUCACACAAAUCGAAUCCCACAUGAACUCCCGACCACUUCUUCCACUGAGUGAAGAUCCGAACGACCUCGCCGCUCUAACGCCGGCCCAUUUCCUAAUCGGAACAUCGAUGCACGCCCUGCCCGACCCAGAUCUGCGCCACAUUCCAGUCAACCGCCUAGACCACUAUCAGCAACUCCAGCUCCACGCCCAACAAUUUUGGGCCCACUGGCGACGCGAAUACCUCCAGGAGCUGCUGAGGGACACCAAGGGUUACCAGCGGAACGACGAAAUCCAACCCGGUAGACUCGUGAUCGUCGUCGACGAACUGCAAGGACCACUCCGCUGGCCACUUGCCCGGAUCGAAGCCGUUCAUCCUGGACCAGACGGCAUCGUACGAGUUGUGUCGCUGCGAACGGCCAGCGGUGGAAUCAUCACCAGACCAGCUGUUAAAAUCUGCUUGCUUCCCGUGCCGCAGUCUCCUGAGGCUCCACACACCACACCGCAACCGGGUCAGCUGUCUACAGAUGCAGUGUUUCCUGAAGAAGAAAAACAUUAA